CAUCGGUGAACCACGAAUUUUCAGCAUGAGACGCAGCGUUCGUUUAGCAGCCAGAGCCAUUGAAGAGGUUGCAACUCAAAAUCACAAAUUUUUACAAACCUCAGGAGAGGCAUCGAGAAUAAAAUGGAAAGAAGAAAAGGGCAAUAAUUUAAGGAAGGGAACGUCGAGUAUAAAGAGUGGGACACAACAAUCCAAAGGAAAAAAACGGGCUCGGGAGAAAAGUUCCACGGAACAAGACCACUGUGAACAGGAAGGAGGUAAUCUGGUAAACUCAGUAGUGACUGAAGAAAAGGUCAAACCAGAAAUAAAGCGAGUUAAAAUAGAGCCCGGCGUCCAUGCUACUAUCAAGUCAGAUAACCUCAACUUCCAGCCGUUCCAUACCAAGCUGAUAGGAGCACAUGUCUCUAUUGGUGGUGGAUUACAUAACGCCGUAUCUGAAGCUCUUUCUAUUGGUGCUAAGGCAUUUGCAAUGUUUUUAAGGUCACAGCGACAGUGGGCAAGUAAACCUCUUCAGGACAAAGAUGCAGAGUUAUUUAAAGAGGCUUGCUCGAAAGCUAACUUCUCGCCGCGUUCUAUUCUCCCGCAUGGUAUAUAUUUGAUGAACUGUGGUUCCCCAGACGAAGAAACUCUCUCCAAGAGCCGUGUCACUCUGGUAGACGAACUGAAACGCUGUGAAAGACUGGGUCUGAGCCUGUACAAUUUCCACCCAGGAUCUACAUGUGGCAAGAUUACAGUGGAAGAAUCUAUUGCAAGAAUAGCAGAAAGUAUAAAUCAGGCACAUCAGGAAACAAAAUAUGUUGUCACCGUCCUAGAAAAUAUGAGUUGCCAAGGAAAUACUAUUGGUGGAAAAUUUGAAGAGCUGCGAGAUAUCAUUGACCAGGUCCAGGACAAGUCACGUGUGGGUGUGUGUCUGGACACAUGCCAUGCCUUUGCUGCUGGGUAUGACAUUGCAUCAGAGAAAGGUUUUGAAAAAAUGAUGGAUGAAUUCGAGACAACGGUUGGUCUCCAAUACCUGCAAGGUGUUCAUCUAAAUGACUCCAAGGGAGAACUUGGAUGCCACUUAGAUAGGCAUGAGAAUAUUGGCAAGGGAAAGAUUGGGGUUGAGGCAUUUAGGCGUGUGAUGAGAGACCCUCGAUUUAAUGGUAUCCCAAUGAUUUUGGAAACACCAUAUGUAUCUGAAAACAUUUAUCAAAAGGAGAUAAAGCAGUUGUAUGCUAUGAUGAAUUUAAAAAAAAAAAAAAAGGACUGGAUUGAUAUGUAAAAGUGCCUCUAAUGUUGUUUUAUUUCAGUGUCCUCUUGUAUCCAGCUCCAUAGCAAAGUUUUUUCUGUUUCCUUUUGUUUGUUUUGCAAUCGAAGCACAGUCUUGAUGUUACACUGCAUAUUGAAAUUCAUAAGAUUUGUUUGUUUGUUUAUUUACAUUUUGUCAUAGCGUUAUGUUUUAACACAAUUCAAUCUUUUAUCGCCAAAUAUAACUUUGAGAUUGACACAAAUAGAGGUGGUGCACAGUUACAUAAAAGUAAUUGCAUAUAUAUGUAGAUUUUUUACAUGUACAAUUGUAUCUUUCAAUUCCAUGCCAUAUGUUUAAAUUCCAAAGUACAUUUUAAAGUGUUGUGUAUGUUGGUGUUGAGAAUUUACUUAACACAAACUUUGUAGUUUAAUUACCCUUAAUGAAAUAAUUCUUUUUAUUUUACAGAUAAUUCUUUCUGCAUUUGCUCUCAUAGACUAGUAAAUGAUCCACCAAUAAAUUUCACUGUGUCAUUUAGAUUACACGAUGUUA